CUCAUAUUUGGAAUAGAUUCAGGUGCAGCGAUAGAUCUCUUAAACCACUUAACUUUAAAACAAUUGCUAUUUACACCCAAAAAGUCUAAAAUAUGAAAUCACCCGGCUGCUUUCUUCCAUCACAACUAUGCUGCAUUGAUUAUGACGCUUUCUCUUCCAAAAGAAAUUCACAUAAAUUGCACGUUUCAUGCAUGGACAAAAGAACAACAUCUAGUUGUAGAACAAAAUUAGAAGUUGAUUCUUCGCCACGCAUCGAAAUCAACGAAUUUUCUGAUUUGGAAUCCUGUUGGUGUUCCCAGCCAAAGAGGAGUGGAGUAGGACGUCUAAAUUAAUUGUUACUGUGAUGUCGCUGUCAUUAACCGCGUCACUUGAAAACCUAGUGUACGCAGAUCAUGUGACGGACGGAUGGCUACAGUCCUAAAUCCAUAUCACAUAAUUUUGUGGCGACUGCGGGCGGGUAGUGGGUGGUUCAUGAUUUCGAAACGCCAGCGGGCACUUUUCAUUCUUUUUAAAAGCUGGCAAAUGGGAAUUAUUUCUUGUUUCUGAAGAGACCAGAGUCCAACAUAUCUCUUUAAAUUCAAAAUUCUGAGACAUUUGUUAACUUCGUGCUUUCUUCAAGUGGAUUCCUUUGGACCUAUUUAUUGUAUUUUAGAUUUUCAUUUUAUUGCAUUUUAGAUUUUUUAAUAAUCCUAUAGGUCUGACAUGACUGAACUGGAGAAUCUUAACAUUCAUAAGAUGGACCCAGAGGAUCCCAUUGUCCUGCAACCUGAUGUGUUGAACUCCCAGGUCAGUUUAGAGGCGGCGCUGAGGGAUGGCAACAAAGCUCUUGAGCUCUUCCUCAGCAACCGAUUUGCAGAUGCCUUGGAGCUCCUACGGCCUUGGAGGAGCCAGAGUAUGUAUCAUGCAAUGGGCUACAGCAGUAUAUUGUUCAUGCAGGCUGGCUUGACCUUUGACCCGAAGGACAUGGACAAGGCAAUGACUGCUCUGAAGGAGUCCCUGCACACGUGUCAAAUGUUCAGGAAGAAGCCCAGUGUGGUCCAGGCCUUCACUGAGUGGUUCUACAAGCAGCCGACUAAUGACAUGACUGAAGAAGAGAUGCACGCCGAGCUGUGCUAUGCUGAGGUGCUGAUGCAGAAGGCUGCGCUCACCCUUCUGGAUGAGAGCGUGAUCAGCUUCAUCAAAGGAGGAAUCAGGAUCCGCAACAGUUUUAUCAUCUACAAGGAGUGCGAAGCCAUGUCAACCAUGGCCAGGAACCAGGCUGGUCAGAUGAGCACCCACGCUGACUUCCGGGGUGGAGUGAACAUGGGAAUCGGUUCCUUUAACUUAUAUUUGUCUCUUCUGCCAAGCAAGGUUCUCAGACUGUUGGAGUGGAUUGGCUUCUCUGGGGACAGAGAGAAGGGCCUGUCUCAGCUGAGGGAGGGGGCAGCCAGCAACAGUCUGCGGUCCAUCCUCAGCACUAUUUGCCUCCUCAUGUACCAGCUCUACAUCAGCGUCAUACUGGGUACUGGUGAAGGGAACCUGGUAGAGUCUGAAGCUCUUCUCGAGCCCUACAUUAAAAAGUUCCCCAAAGGGGCCCUGAUUAUCUUCUACCAAGCCAGGAUUGCUGUGCUUAGGGGCAACUUUGAAUUGGCCCAGGAGUUGUUCCUGGAGUGCAUAGCCACGCAGCAGGAGUGGCAUCAGAUCCACCAUCUGUGUUACUGGGAGCUCAUGUGGACCUACUGCUUCCAGCAGAACUGGCUGGAGGCCUACAAGUGUGCAGACCUCCUCUGUAAAGAGAGCAAGUGGUCCCAGGCCAUGUACGUGUUCCAGAAAGCCUCCAUCCUGAGCAUGAUGCCCGAGGAAGAGGUGGAGAAAACUGGGGAGAAUGUGGAACAGCUGUUCAUGCAAGUGGAGAGCUUGCGGCUGCGGAUUGCAGGGAAGUCCAUCCCGACAGAGAAGUUUGCCGCAAAGAAAGCUCAGCGGUACUCUGCCGCCGAACCAGUGAAGCUGGCGAUUCCAGCAUUGGAAAUGAUAUAUGUGUGGAAUGGCUUCACUGCAGUCGGGAAAAGACCUGAACUGACUCAAAGAAUUCUGGUUACUAUUGAGAAGGCAGAGGAGGAACUGAAGAAUGGCCAGAACUCGUCAGAGUACCAUGUGGAUGACCAGUGCGUGGUCCAGAUGCUAAAGGGGCUUUGUCUGAGACAUCUGGGCCUUCUUGAAGACGCUGAACUCUGCUUUACACAUGUCAUCUCCAGCGAGAGCCAUAUCAAGCAUGACCUCUACUUGGUGCCAUAUAGCAUGUAUGAACUGGGUCUUGUCUACAAGCAGCAAGGUGACUUGGGGAAGGCUACAACCACCAUAGAAAAUGCAAAGCUCAACUACAAGGACUAUAGCAUGGAGUCGAGGCUACACUUCCGCAUCCAUGCCUCACUUAACAGUAUGAGCGCCUCAAUGGCCAAAUGCUCAAACCACCGCACCUCAGCUUGAUGACGUGGAGGCUGAAGAGGAACUUCGGACGGUCUUGCACCUGUUACCAUGGUUACACGACCCUCCCAUUCUGGCUUGUAGGACACUUUUGUAACAGUCAUUAAUGCACGUUUUAAGGUGUCGUCAUCAACGUGCAGUUUACCAAACUAGUGAGCUGCAUACUCAUGUUAAAUUUGGGCACCCCUUUUUUUUUUUUUUUAUAUAAUCUUUGAUUUGAGUGUCUACGAGUAUCUGCACACUGUCCUCUGCAUACUUGUUUACAAAUAAGACUUAUGAAUUAUACCCUGUUGUGGUUUUAGUCCUUCUGAAAGAUGAUAUGGUGAAAUACAUUCUGCUAGUCAGGUGCAGUAAUAUUGCGACUCUUUCCAUCUGUGAUUGUACCAUGUAAUGGGUUGCUCUAAAGAACGUUUAACAUUUCUGGAAAUGAAAGGAAAGUGUUUCAAUUGUCAACUGUCAUUUAGUUAAAGUGAGAUCCUACCACAGCCAUGACAGUCACUCAGAUCUCCAAGGUGUUGCCUUACAAACUGUACAAUAAAGUUUGUUGGCUGAGCAAACAGCUAUAUAGACAGUAUUUGAUUUAGUAAAUCCCUUAUUACCACAACAAAGGUCCUGAAUUAUACUGGGUUUGUGGAAUAGCUUUGUAACUGUAAGUAUAGUUAUAUUUGAGUAUCUGCUUUAAGAUACUUUUGGCUUUCUAUGAGUAUUCAAACACACAGGCCAAAAUGUACUUCAAUUUUAACAUCACUAUUCAGGUACUAAGUUAGAAGUUGGUACACUUGUAUUUUACAAUCUUUCUGGAACACUUCAUUGCCUUUCACUUUCUCAACAGAUUUUAUAGACAGAGUAAAAAAUAUUUUUGCUGUCAAUCUACACAAUAGCCCAUAAAAUGUAUGACAUUUUUGCCAAUAAAUAAAUUGUGCCAUUAAAUAAAA